AUGCGCGGUGCCCCGGAAGCCGUGAGGGGCGCGGGCGGUUCGAGCGCGAUGGAGCGGGCGGAGGGAGCGGCCGGGGCCGCGCUGGGAGCGGCGCCGCCGGCACAGGGCCCGCGGGACGGGGCAGGGCGGGCACGGGCCGGGAGCGGGGCCGGGCAGGGGCAGGGCCCUCAGGGAUCGGACGGGGCAGCGGCUACAGGCGAGCGGAGCCCCGGGAGAGCGGCCGCGUGGAGCCAGGGCCGGCGGGGCGGAAGCCACGGCCUGUGCUUGUCUUCCAGCAGUGAUGAGGAAUUUGAGAUGUUUUUAGCCAGAAUGAAAACUCCCAAAAGUGUUCCUAAAAAGGCAGAUGCAAGUUUGAAAGACUUCAUUGAUGACUCAGAUGAUUUCUUCUUGGACCUUAAAGCGAGAAAGAGCACAAAAAAGAAUGCACCAAAGGAUCUUCAGACCCCAAGGAAGUUGAUGAGUUCUGGAAAGAAAAGCACUUGCUGCCAAGAAUUGCAUUAUGGAGAGAGUUCAAGUGACACUGAGGAUUCUGUCUUUGUAGAAAGCCCUUGGCUUGACCACCAAAAAGGGGGAGUAAAAGACUGGAAAGAAAGACAGAGGUGCACAAAACUGUCACCUCCACAAAAUCUGAAAGAGUCACUUUCCAAAGGCAGUCCAGAUUUGCCUGUUAGAAGGAAAGAAAGAAACUGUGAGAAGAGUACAGAAAAUAAAUUGCCCACUGUGGCAGUAGAGUCAGACAGCUCAGAUGACAGCUUUGAAUCGUUAAUGGAACGGAUAAAGAAGCGAGGUCUGCCCCAAAAACCAGUCUUAGGCACAAGUAAAACCGUCUAUCAGCCCAGCUCAGCAGAAAACAUCAAGCCACCCUGCAAAGAUGCACAGCCCUUGAAAGGGGAGGGAGUCAAGGUACCAAGGCCAAGCUCCACUUCAGUUGCAGAAAUAUCUUCCAAGACAAGGACUCCUGCAAGAAUUCCUGGGAACGAAUUGCUCAGUUGCUCACAAUCAGCAAAGACAGAUAGAAGGCUCAGGGUAUGCUCAGUGCCUGGUUGUUUCUUGCAAGAUCUUUCAAAUCCCACUUCCCACUACGUGAAGUAUUUCAAGAAGAAUAAAGAGGAGCUGGCACAGAAGCUCUACAAACUGUUUAACAGCACCAUCUUUGAUCAGAAGUUACCAGAGACAAUGGAGAUAAUCUGGAAUAAGAAGAUGAGAAAAACAGCAGGAUAUUGUGUGACAGGGCAGACAGGUCCUGAACAGAAGCGUUACGCUCGCAUAGAACUCUCUGAGAAAGUCUGUGACUCUGCAGAUCGCCUUCGGGACACGCUGAUCCACGAGGUUUGCCACGCAGCCACCUGGCUCAUCAGCGGUGUUCGUGACGGACACGGGCGGUUCUGGAGGUUCUAUGCCAACAAAUCAGCUGUAAUUCAUCCAGAGCUGCCAGUAGUAACACGGUGCCACAGCUACGAGAUCAACUACAAAUUCACCUACGAGUGUGCUCAGUGCAAAGCUAAGAUCGGCCGGCACUCCAAGUCCCUGGACACGGAGCGGUUCGUGUGCGCGUUCUGCGGGGGGCGGCUGUGCCUCAGCCAGCCCCCGGGCAAGGGGGGCACUCCUGCCAGGACACAGCUCACACCCUUUGCCAAGUAUGUGAAGGAAAACUACGGACUGGCCAAGAGAGAGCAGCAGGGGCUGAGCCAUGCAGAGGUCAUGAGGAAACUCGGUGCUGAUUUCGCUUUGAAAACCAGGCUUGAUGAUUUAUUUUAACAUCUCAAUAGAUUUCCUUACUUGGUGCCACUUAAAUUUUGUAUAUGGAGUAGUAGAUGAGUCUAACAUGAGGAUUCCAGAUAACUGUAAUAUUUUAGUGCUAAGUACUUCUAAUAAAGACCUUAAGGCCUUUUCUAAAAUGGGCAAGAGUGAGCAAAAAUGAUGACAGCUAGUCCAGGGUGAUGCACAAGUCAGGGUAUCCUUAGACUUCAGAGGAACACCACCUGUGCCUGGGAAGAUGCAAUUCCAGUCCCCCCCUUUGGGACUGACUCACUAUGUUUGGCUGGAAUUUUCUGAGCAGCACUUACCCAUAGUGCUCCACAGCAUGUCUUCAGUGACUCCAGUGAGCAAUGGAUUUACUCUUCCAUCUGGGUACCUGAUAUGCUGUAGGCUCUGUGCAUAUGCUGAGAAACUGCUGGGUGUGCAUCUGUCUGGGAUUGCCAGGUGAAAGAAAGUCCAGGCCCACCAGCCCUCUGAUUCUAGCUGAAUGAUUUCCAGGCAGGAAACGGGGCAGACUGGAGUUGGGCUUCAACAUGGGUUCAGAUAUUCUCCCAUGUGGAGUCUCUUGAGUGAGUGACCCUUAGCUGUUUUUGUUAAAAUUAAGUGGGUUUUGUUAAAUUAAUUAAAAUUAGUGGUUAAAAUUAAUGGUGGCUUAAAUCUGUUAGAAAAAGUGAGUUUUUACAAGGCCUUCUGGCCCUGAGUGAGACUGAAGCUCUUUGAUUGAAAAUGUGAAUGCAAUGUACCUCAGUCAUUGAGAUUUCAGAGAAACUAAAAUAGAUGCAAGAGGUCAGGGUAGGGAAAGCAAAUUCAAACACUUUCCACCACAGAAGGGGGAGGUCUAGUCAGAUGAUUUAAGUCUUUCACAUAAAAUAUGACUGAAUGUGUGUCUUCUGUAAGCAAAUUGCUCAGGGAAUGUAAUAAUAUUGAAUAAUCAAUAAAUGCUAAUGUUGUACCAACGGUGGCAAUG